GAUUAAUGGAUACAGAAACAACUACCCCAUAAGCUGUCGGGAGAUCAUGGGUAAAAAAAAAGGAUCAAUCACAAUAAAUUUUCAAUUGAAAAUCGCUUGGCGAUGGUACAAAAUAAAUACGAGGCCAUGGGAGCUAGUCAAGAUUGACUCCUCGGGGAGGGCGGGGAGUAGUAUUCCACUCUCUAUGAGCAUUAAGGUCCUUAUAUAGUUUAGGGGUUAAUUGUAUGGUUUGACAUUGAGAUUACGAAAAACGUUCAAGUUUGGUCAUUCGAAAUAUUUAAAUCUAUUGGUGGUACUUCAGGUUACUGAAACUGAUCACGUUUGGUCUCUCUCAGUCCAACUCCGUUAACUUUGACUGAUGUGGCAGUCAACUCUCAAAGUUGAUUGUUAACUUAGUGACGUAGCAAUUAAGAAAUAAUAAAUAAAAUAAAAUUUAAUCUAUUUUAAUGUUCAACUUAUUUUUACCUAAAAUAAAUAAAAAUAAAUAAAAAAGUAUUAUAAUUAUCAAAUUGAAGCAUGGAGAACCGUGAACCCGGUAAACGAGGCCGUGGGGCUACUUUGAACGGGUAACUGGCACGUCUGCCAGGUCGUAGUGGAGACGAUGCUGCGCGGCGGGACUCUGAGCCCCAUCCCUGAGUUUGUGGCCGAAUCUCAGGCCUCCGAUGAAGCUUCGGAGGUCGAUGUUGGCUGUAGCGAGAUGUGGAAGCUCAACGGCAGCAACGAACGAAGCCCGAGCCAUACCCAGAGUCCAAUUCCAAAUCUGAGUACACAUUCUCGGUUCUCGAGUUCCAGAUCCAAGGUCUCCCCGAAGCGGAAACGGGUGGGGGAAGCAGCGACGCCGCCGACUAGAGUGAUGCUGCUGCCGAUGAAUGAUUUGGAUCUCUGGCUGACCCCGACCCUCUCUCCCAAGGCUGUUCCGCUGUGCAAACCGGAUUUCAGGCGGCGUGGCACACCUUCGAUGAACUCCGAGGCAGGGGCGGAGCCAGGAUUUUAAGUUCGGGGGGCCAAAAAUUUUAUUAUCGUAAAAAAAAUAUAUUGAUGUCACCCCACAAAAUGUUAUUUAAGAUAAUUAUAAGCACUAAAAGUAUGAUUUAAAUUAAAAUAUGUAUCACGACAUGUUCAAAAUUAUUAAAUAAAUUUCAACAAAAAUAAUGCACCAUGUUCUUCAAUUUAUGAUAAGUAACAAAGAAUGUCUAUAAAAAAUGAGAAAAUAAUUGAAUUAUUCGCUAUAUAGUUAAAAUUAUCUUUGAAAAUAUAAAUGUAUAAGUUCAAU